AUCGGCGAAUCUGAGGCCACUUCUCAUCCCAUUUUCUCUCCAAAACCCUACCGAUCGAUCGAGAAGAAGAAGAGAAGAACGAGGGCUUCCAAGACGGCGGCGAUCGUGAGGGAUAGGACCUCCUCCGCCGCUCUGAUCCGAUCUAUUGGUUUCCGGCAAGAUCUCAUCGGUAUCUCCAUCUCUCUCUCCCCCCCUUGCUUGAAUUCCUCAUCCGAUUUCGAUCGAUCCUGGUUUUUGUGCUUGUUCUGAUGAUCGGAUUUGGGAUUUGGGGGUUUUGGGCAGUGUGCUGCUCUAUAUGCUUCCACAGAAGAGAGCGGGGGGAGCCGAGGUCGAAGAGCUACUGACGGCUGCUGGUGGUGAGACCUUGUCGAAGAAGAAGAAGGGGGAGGGUGAAGUCUCUCGUGCUGCUGCUUCUUCUUCGUCUUCAGCGCCGGUUGAGAAGAACGAAAUGGACGGAGGCCCCAUGGACUGCGACAAGAUCGGUGACAAAGCUGUGCUUAAUGGAGGGAAGGAUGGUGGUGUUCCGCAGGAGAUUGAUGAAGAUCUGCACAGCCGGCAGCUCGCUGUGUAUGGGAGGGAGACGAUGCGGAAACUCAUCAAAUCUAAUGUUCUCAUCUCUGGUCUCUCGGGCCUUGGUGCUGAGAUCGCCAAGAAUCUUGUGCUGGCUGGUGUCAAAUCUGUGACCCUUCAUGAUGAACAGACUGUGCAGCUGCGUGACUUGUCUAGCAAUUUCUUUUUAUCGGAUGAUGAUGUUGGGAAGAAUCGGGCACUUGCUUGUGUUCAGAAGCUGCAGGAGCUUAACAAUGCGGUGCUGGUUUCCACUCUGAGUGAAUUGAGCGCACCAAAGUUGUCUGAAUUCCAGGCUGUUGUCUUCACUGAUGUUAGUUUGGAUAAGGCUAUUGAAUAUGAUGAUUUUUGUCACAAACAUGAACCACCAAUUGCCUUCAUUAAAACUGAAGUUCGUGGUCUUUUUGGUAGUGUAUUUUGUGACUUUGGUCCAGAAUUCACUGUUGUUGAUGUUGAUGGUGAAGAACCGCAUUCUGGUAUAGUUGCAGCCAUUAGCAACGACAGCACUGCUCUUGUAACUUGUGUUGAUGAUGAACGGCUAGAAUUCCAGGAUGGAGAUCUUGUUUUAUUUACUGAAGUUCAGGGAAUGACAGAGUUGAAUGAUGGUAGGCCAAGAAAAAUAAAAAAUGCCAGGCCUUUUUCAUUUUCUCUUGAAGAAGACACAAGCUCUUAUGGUGUUUAUGAGAGAGGAGGAAUAGUCACACAGGUAAAGCAACCGAAGGUUUUGAAGUUCAAACCUCUGAGAGAUGCUCUCAGUGAUCCAGGGGAAUUUCUUCUUAGUGAUUUCUCUAAAUUUGACCGCCCACAAUUGCUACAUUUGGCUUUCCAAGCUUUGGAUAAGUUCAGGUGUGAGCUUGGGCGUUUCCCUGUGGCUGGAUCUUCAGAGGAUGCUGAGAAACUGAUAGCUUUCACUGCUGAUCUCAAUGAAAAAAUCGAAGGUGGUGGUCUUUCAGAGACUGAUUUAAAACUUCUACGCAACUUUGCAAGUGGUUCUGCUGCUGUUUUGAACCCAAUGUGCGCAAUGUUCGGUGGUAUUGUGGGGCAAGAGGUGGUGAAAGCAUGUUCUGGAAAAUUUCAUCCGCUCUAUCAGUUCGUUUAUUUUGAUUCUAUUGAGUCUCUUCCUGUGGAACCCUUGGAGCCCAGUGAUUUGGAGCCAUUGAGCAGCCGGUAUGAUGACCAAAUCAUAGUAUUUGGACGCAAACUUCAAAAGAAAUUGGAAGAGACCAAAGCGUUUAUUGUGGGUGCUGGUGCACUUGGAUGUGAGUUCUUAAAGAAUCUGGCAUUGAUGGGAGUUUGUUGUAGUUCGAAGGGAAAGCUCACAAUAACUGAUGAUGAUGUCAUUGAGAAGAGUAAUCUCAGCCGCCAGUUUCUCUUCCGUGACUGGAAUAUUGGGCAAGCUAAAUCUACCGUAGCAGCGUCUGCUGCCAGUGCUAUCAAUUCAAGCCUGCAUGUAGAAGCUCUUCAAAACCGGGCAAGCCCUGAGACAGAAAAUGUGUUCAAUGAUGCAUUUUGGGAGAACCUGGAUGUUGUUAUAAAUGCACUGGACAAUGUGAAUGCCAGAAUAUAUAUGGAUAUGAGGUGCUUAUAUUUCCAAAAGCCCCUCCUGGAAUCUGGAACUCUUGGUGCCAAGUGCAACACACAAAUGGUCAUACCUCAUCUUACUGAGAAUUAUGGUGCCUCCAGGGAUCCACCUGAGAAGCAAGCUCCUAUGUGCACUGUCCACUCUUUUCCUCAUAACAUUGAUCACUGUCUGACUUGGGCUCGUUCUGAAUUUGAGGGUUUACUUGAGAAAACACCAAAUGAAGUCAAUACUUUCCUGUCCAAUCCAAGUGAAUAUGCAUCUGCUAUGAGAAAUGCUGGUGAUGCACAGGCUCGAGAUCUGGUUGAGCGUGUGCUUGAGUGCCUUGUUGAGAAGGAGAGAUGUGAGACAUUUGAGGAUUGUGUCACCUGGGCACGACUAAAGUUUGAGGACUACUUUGCAAAUCGCGUGAAGCAGUUAACCUACACUUUCCCUGAGGAUUCUGCCACCAGCAGUGGUACACCAUUCUGGUCUGCCCCUAAGCGCUUCCCACGCCCAUUACAAUUCUUAAGUGGUGACCCAUCACACCUUAACUUUGUUACGUCCGGUGCCAUACUAAGAGCAGAGACUUUUGGAAUUCCAAUUCCUGAUUGGGUCAAAAACCCGAAAAUGAUGGCUGAUGUUGUUGAUAAAGUGAUUGUCCCUGAUUUUCAGCCAAAGCAUGGUGUUAAAAUUGUUACUGAUGAAAAAGCUACUAAUCUGUCUGCUGCCUCUGUUGAUGAUGUUGCUGUCAUUAACAGUCUCAUCAAAAAACUGGAAAGCUGUGUGACUAACCUGCCUACUGGAUUUCGGAUGAACCCAAUACAGUUUGAGAAGGAUGAUGAUACAAACUACCACAUGGACUUCAUAGCAGGUCUUGCUAACAUGCGUGCCAGAAACUACAGCAUUCCUGAAAUAGACAAGCUGAAAGCAAAGUUCAUCGCCGGAAGGAUCAUCCCCGCCAUUGCCACUUCCACCGCAAUGGCCACCGGUCUCGUAUGUCUAGAGCUUUACAAAGUUCUCGCAGGCUCACACAAAGUGGAGGAUUACCGCAACACAUUCGCCAAUCUCGCACUCCCAUUGUUCUCCAUGGCCGAGCCAGUGCCGCCCAAAGUCAUCAAACAUCAGGACAUGAGCUGGACCGUCUGGGACCGAUGGGCCGUCAAAGGGAACCUAACCCUGAGGGAGCUCCUCAAGUGGCUCAAGGACAGAGGCCUCAAUGCAUACAGCAUUUCAUGUGGCACUUCCUUACUCUACAACAGCAUGUUCCCCAGGCACAAAGAUCGACUCGACAAGAAGGUCGUGGAUGUCGCGAAGGAAGUUGCCAAGGUGGAGGUGCCAUCAUAUCGACGACAUCUCGAUAUUGUUGUGGCCUGUGAAGACGAAGAUGAUAAUGACAUUGAUAUCCCACUCGUCUCUAUUUACUUCCGGUAGACUUAAUUGGGUUUGAACCAAAGAGCAUAGUUCUCCUAUUACUGAAAAAACUUGUCUUUACCUUUUAUUCACAGCCUUAAAUAUUCUAAACAAACUAGACUUACAGUUGUUUACUCGGAUAUUUAAUUUCGCCAUCUGUUAUGCU